UCAUCGUUUGUUUGUUCUGUGAGCGUCCCCUGAAUGAAUCAGUGAAAUGCGAAAUUUUGAAAUUGAGCGGAAGUUGCGGUAAAAGGAGGUUCGAAGGCGCUUAAUCCUCGGAAACGUUGGAUCUUUUUGGGUCUCUGUCACAAAGUGUAAUCAACGCUCUCUCAUCCUCUUCUUCCCCCUUCGUCUUCCCGUUUUCUCCGAUUCUCCUUUUGUUUGUUUCUCUCUCUCCCUCUCUCGUUCUCAGUUUCGUUUCUCCGCCUUCCUCUGUUUGAAUGCUCAAUGUGAAGGUGACACAUACAUUCCUAAACUGAAGAUUCCUUGACCGUUUCUGCCUUUACUUUGUAUGGCAGCUCAGAGAUUGAACUGAGAGAAAGACGAUCAAACUAUGUCAGAUACAUGGAGUCGGCAAAACGUGAAUAAAAACGUUUCACUUCAGACCGGGGAAGAGUUCUCCAUGGAGUUUCUCAAGGACCACACUCCUCCUCAUCCCACUCAUAACGAUGUCCAUACAUUCGGUGACCUUUACUACCACAACCAGCCUGCCGGGUUUCAUGACCUGAGGAGGAUGGAAUCAGAGUGUCAUCCUUCUGAUGCGUAUGACUUCGGGCGUGACCCCACCACACACAUGCCUCAGUUCAACAACGCAUGCGGCUACAACAAUCUUGGUGGUGAAAAUAAGGAAGUUAUAACAACCAGGAAGGCUUUUGGUGAACUAAACUCAAACCAAGGAUGUGUCGUCGUCACUGGGAAGUCUGCGCCUUCUGUCUUCUUACCAGAGCGUGUUCACUCCAACAACUACACUGCAGGAGGAGGAGGAGACUUUGAUAGGUUCGGUAAAGUUAAGUUUCUUUGCAGCUUUGGUGGGAAGAUCAUGCCGAGAUCCAGCGAUGAGAAGCUAAAAUACGUUGGAGGAGAGACGCAUAUUGUUUCCAUCCGCAAGAACCUUUCUUGGGAAGAACUCAAGAAGAAGACCUCAGCUAUUUGCCAGCAGUUGCAUUCAAUCAAGUAUCAGCUUCCAGGUGAUGAGCUUGACUCGUUAAUAUCUGUAUCUUCGGAUGAAGAUCUUCAGAAUAUGAUGGAAGAGUACAAUGUACUAGAAAGGCCCGAGGGUUCACAAAGGCCAAGACUGUUCUUGAUUCCUAUUGGACAGCCUGAAAACAAGGCUCAGCAGAUGAAAAUCGCCGGUGAUACAAGUUAUCAUGUAAACCAUUUGGACCAGAUGCUCCGGCUUGAUACUAGUGCAAUGCACUCGAAUCAGCUUUUCGGUGGAGUUCAGUAUAGCAUGUCUGCUUAUCCAUCGCCUCCUAUUUCUCCUUCACCGUUCAUGCACAAGGAUUGCUCUCAGUUCCUUGGCGACAACUCGAGCUCCGAGAGCAAUAACUCCUUCACUCUAGCUCAACCAGAGCCUUCAGUGAACUUUCAAACAUACAAGCAUGACGCGGAGAACUCUUACGGGAUUCAGUUCCAGAGUGGCUUCAACAAAAACCAUGAGACUCCUCCCAUUAUCAGUCAUGGUAAUAACGGGAGAGGGUUCUACUGCGAGAAACCGUGCAUACCUGAAGAACCUAAGGUCUCGUUUUCUGGUUCUACAAAUUCAAAUGACUCCUUCUUGGGAAUACCACACUCGUACUCAGACUCUACACUGGAGGUUAACGGUGGACAUUCUAGUUACUUUUCACAAGAGAGACAGAGCCCAUCUUCACCUUUGAACUUUACAAAGAAACAAACAGAAGAAAAGCCAGUGCAGGAGCAUAGGAACAACGAUAUAUCUAGCCGUCGUACACAAAGUAACAUACUCGAUUUGACGUCCACUGACGGAGGAGGAAGGCCAGGACUAUUCGGUGAAGACAAGACAAUACAUAGAGACACUUCUGAUGUAUGCAACAAUCAUUUUGAUGAAAUUUUUCUAAAUCAAGAUGGGAACAGUGGGAACGUUGUGGGGAGAAGGGUAAUCGCUACAAACAUGGAAUCCAAGAACUUGCCAAUCUAUGGAAACCAGACCUCAGUGGUUAGUGUUGACCUAUGGAAGCAAAUAAUGCAAGAUAAUGAUCGUUUGAUGGCUGGAACCUCAUCUGGGAAUCUGAUCUCCUUGGAAGAAGGCAUUGCAGAUGACACCCCAAAUCAGGAAAGAAGACUUAGUAAGACACCUUCUGAUAUUAUUCAAGAACCUGUAAAUGAAGCUGCCAGGACAAGGAAUUUGGAAGUUUCAGGGGUGCUGUUAAAUAAGAGAGCGGACUCUGAUGUGGAUUUCUUGUUCAACAUCUCUUCGGAAUCAGCAAAGAGAGAAAUUGUUCAUGAGACAGGGCGCUUAGAACUUGAUCCAACACAAAAGAAUAGAGUACAAAGGGAAAGUGGUUCCGGCCAUGUGAGAAUCCAGAGCAUGGAUUUGAAUCAGCCAGUGCCAGAGACAACAAAUGAAACUUACAAGUUGAAUAUCCCAUCUGUCCAAAGGCAAGAUUCACUCACAACCACUCCACACACAAGGUUGGACAGCAGUGAUGAUACUCUCUUCCUCUCUGAGGACGCUGAAGCUAAUGUUGACGAGAAAAACAACAAUUUUAAUGACACACUCAUAGUUGAAAUAAAAGCCAGUGUGUAUGGCUUGCAGAUGAUAAAGAACGCUGAUCUUGAAGACCUAACAGAACUUGGAUCGGGGACGUAUGGAACUGUCUUCCAUGGGAAAUGGCGAGGAACUGAUGUCGCAAUAAAGAGAAUAAGGAAAAGCUGCUUUGGAGGAAGAUCAUCAGAACGUGAACGCUUGACCAAAGAUUUCUGGAGGGAAGCACAGAUACUCUCAAAUCUUCAUCACCCAAAUGUUGUUGCAUUCUAUGGUAUAGUCCCUGAUGGAGCUGGAGGAACAUUAGCGACUGUUACUGAGUUCAUGGUGAAUGGGUCACUAAGGCAUGCUCUUGUCAAGAGAGACAGGUUGCUCGACGCUCGGAAAAAGAUAAUAAUAGCAAUGGAUGCUGCUUUUGGCAUGGAGUAUUUGCACUUGAAGAACAUUGUCCACUUUGAUCUCAAAUGUGAGAACUUGCUCGUCAAUCUAAGGGAUCCACAACGGCCUAUAUGCAAGGUGGGAGAUCUUGGCUUAUCUAGAAUCAAACGUAACACUUUGGUAUCUGGGGGAGUGAGAGGAACACUUCCAUGGAUGGCACCAGAACUCUUGAACGGAAGCAGCACCCGGGUUUCAGAGAAAGUUGAUGUAUUUUCAUAUGGGAUCUGCCUAUGGGAGAUUCUAACAGGAGAGGAGCCCUAUGCAGAUAUGCAUUGCGGAGCAAUCAUUGGUGGGAUAGUGAAGAACACGCUUCGGCCUCCCAUACCGAAAACAUGUUCUGCGGAAUGGAAAAAGCUGAUGGAACAAUGCUGGGACAUAGACCCGGAUGCUCGUCCCGCCUUCACCGAGAUAACAAGCAGACUUCGAUCCAUGUCAAUGGAACUCGUCACUAAAAGCAAGAAAAGAGAAAACAAGCCCUGAAGACGACGUUACAGAGAAUCGAAGAAACGGGUUUUUAGUUCACAUUCUUUCAUAUAUUUAUCUCAUUCUGUACAAAAAAAAAACAUAUAUGUAAAUCUCGAAAUUUGUCAUGUAAAUGUUAUUGUGUCCAAAACAUAAGGGGGAUGGAGAAAGAGAGUUUGCAAGUGAAAAAGAAGAGACAAUAAACUCAGUUUUGUUUUA